AUACUGCACAGCAGCAGCAGCAGAGUAGAGACGGCGAGGGCGUCUGUGGUUGGGGGUGCUUCCUGCGUGGUUUGCUGGUGAACUACAGGAGUUGCCUCGGCUCUUUAGUGCCAAGUUCGACGGUGAGCUAAGAAGAUCUACUGUAAUUGGUUUCUCAAUGAAGGCUCACCAGAAGCAGCUGCUCCCUGGAGACUUGGCGGACAGUCUCAAUGAAACGGCCGCUCCUCGUCAUUAAACGCCAGCUUUGCUCUUCUCUUCUGGUAUAAACAAGCUGCCAGUGGAAAAGGACUGUCGGAGCAUCAUAUUAUCGUCUAAGAGAUUAAAGAACGGGAGCGUAGAGUGGCGCCGAUCUGUCCGAGUUGCUGGGAGUUUUGUCAUCUCGGAGAAGUUUAACGCGGAUUUCAAAAUGAGCGAGCUGGAGGAUGACUUUGCCAAGAUCCUGCUGCUGAAGGAGGAAAGGAUACGGGACUUGGAGCGGCGGCUGGCGGAUCGGGAGGACGAGAUUCAUGAGCUGAAGAGAAAACUGCACAAAUGCCAGUCCGUCCUGCCGAGCGCGCAAGUUAUCGGGCCCCGGACCCGCAGGGCGCAGGGCAUCUCUGCGGAGCCUCAGACGCACCAGGACCUCUCCAGGCAGACGUUUAUCAAAUAUCCAAAAUCUGACUGGUCCAAGGAUCUGAUCAAGGAAGCAAUCUUGGACAACGACUUCAUGAAGAACUUGGAGCUGUCGCAGAUCCAGGAGAUCGUGGACUGCAUGUACCCUGUGGAGUAUGGGAAGGAUAGCUGUAUCAUUAAGGAAGGCGACGUGGGCUCACUGGUGUAUGUCAUGGAAGAUGGGAAGGUGGAAGUGACAAAGGAAAGCUUGAAGCUGUGUACCAUGGGGCCAGGAAAGGUGUUUGGAGAGCUGGCUAUUCUCUACAACUGCACCAGGACGGCCACUGUCAAGACUUUAACAAAUGUGAAGCUGUGGGCCAUCGACCGACAAUGCUUUCAGACGAUCAUGAUGAGGACGGGGCUCAUUAAACACACGGAGUAUAUGGAGUUUCUGAAAAGUGUCCCCACGUUUCAUGACCUACAGGAAGACAUCCUGAGCAAGCUUGCUGAUGUCCUUGAAGAGACACAUUAUGGAGAAGGAGAGUACAUCAUCAGACAGGGUGCCAGAGGAGACACCUUCUUUAUUAUCAGCAAGGGAAAGGUUAAUGUGACCCGGGAAGACUUACCAAAUGGAGAGCCCCUCUACCUCCGCAGCCUUGGAAAAGGCGAAUGGUUUGGAGAGAAAGCAUUGCAAGGGGAGGACAUCAGAACAGCCAGCGUCAUUGCAGCAGAGGCAGUCACCUGUUUGGUUAUCGAUCGAGAUUCAUUCAAGCACUUGAUUGGAGGUUUGGAGGAUGUUUCUAAUAAAGGCCACGAGGAUGCUGACGCCAAAGCCAAGUAUGAAGCAGAAAAUGCAUUUUUCUUCAAUCUUAUCCUGGCUGACUUCAACAUCAUAGACACUUUAGGGGUUGGUGGCUUUGGACGCGUUGAACUGGUUCAGCUCAAGAGUGACGAGAACAAGACCUUUGCCAUGAAGAUCUUGAAGAAGCGACACAUUGUUGACACAAGACAGCAGGAGCACAUUCGAUCUGAGAAGCUCAUAAUGCAAGAGGCUCACUCUGACUUUAUUGUUAGAUUGUAUAGAACGUUCAAAGACAGCAAAUACCUCUACAUGUUGAUGGAAGCAUGUUUAGGAGGGGAACUAUGGACCAUACUUCGAGACCGGGGGUCUUUUGAGGACGCAACCACCAGGUUUUACACGGCUUGUGUGGUGGAAGCUUUUGCUUAUUUGCAUUCCAAAGGUAUCAUCUACAGAGACCUGAAACCAGAGAAUCUCAUAUUGGACCACAGGGGUUAUGCCAAACUGGUAGACUUUGGCUUUGCCAAAAAGAUUGGGUUUGGCAAAAAAACUUGGACCUUCUGCGGGACACCGGAGUAUGUAGCACCAGAGAUAAUUCUAAACAAAGGCCAUGACAUUUCUGCCGACUACUGGUCUCUUGGAAUCCUCAUGUUUGAGCUCUUGACUGGCAGUCCCCCUUUCUCUGGCCCUGAUCCAAUGAAAACCUACAACAUCAUUCUGAGAGGUAUCGACAUGAUUGAAUUUCCAAAGAAAAUCACCAAAAACGCUGCCAACCUUAUCAAAAAGCUAUGCAGGGAUAAUCCUUGUGAAAGACUUGGAAACUUGAAAAACGGUGUCAAAGACAUCCAAAAGCACAAAUGGUUUGAGGGCUUUAAUUGGGAGGGCUUGAAGAAAGGGACAUUGACACCUCCUAUUAUCCCUAAUGUCACAUCAGCAGUCGACACAAGUAACUUCGACAGCUUCCCUGAAGACAAUGAGGACCCACCUCCUGACGAUAACUCUGGCUGGGAUGUCGACUUUUGAAGUCCACCUCUCGCCACUAAAAACCAAAAGAAACUCUUCUUUUGUAGGCUUUUAAUGGCUUGGAAGCCAUCUUGGAGGACAUUGCUGUCUGUAGAAAAAAUAAACCGCAUUAAAAAUUAAAGAGAAGAUAUGGAAAUGAUGACGGAUGACAAACCCUCUGGGUCACCGAUAUGCCUUUAUUUCACUGUGGCUAUGGAUAAAGCAUUUAUAAUGGGACUGCUGUAGCACUUCCUCAGUGUUGUCUUAUACUCAAGUUUAAAGGUGAAGAAAGCACAGGGAUACUCUGACAUUAACAUUCACAUAAAACACAGACUGAUUCUCGAGCCAGGUUUUCCCCUGUAACAGGGGAAGGUGUUUAGUGGAUGUAUGAAUGUGUGAUAAACUAUCUGAGUUUGGAUUCUAGGACAAAUAGCAAUGUGAAAACAUGUAAGGUUGUUCAGAAAUAGAGCAAUCUUAUUGUCGAUUUUCUUUACAAUGUCUGUUUCUUUGCAGAUCUACUUGCUGGUCUUUGGGAUAGGUUAUUGCAGCUGCUGCCUGAUUUUUGACAUGCAGCUACUUGCUACAAUCUAUGAUACUUUCCACAGAUGUACACAUUAUAGUUUUCAGUUAUCAACUGCUCAAGACAAACCUGAAUGUCAAAAUUUCUCUCCUUAUUUAGCAUACCUACAUAGCGUAUCGCUACGUGUGGCACAUUGUAUACAUUGUCAUACAUGAACACAACCGUGUUGACAUAAAACACUUAGUCCUCUUCCUAUGAGAUCCAUCUACCUUGAGAA